AUGUUCUUGUUUUCUCGACGCAGUCUCUCAGCUUUCUUCUCAACAAUCUGGACAUCCUCCACUGGAUUUUUUUACAACCUCGUUCGACUCUUACGAGCCCUCACCACCGGGCUUCAACAGUCGGCAACCCCGGCACUUACGCUUCAACAUGCAUGGCCCUUGACGGAGCAGCAGAUCUAUCGUCGCAGCCACACAUUCUUCGAGUCAGUCAACGAAGACGCCAUCCGGGCAUUAGGGACGCAGCACCACAGCAAGCGUCUGCCAUGCGAAAUCAAGGCGCGGUACCGGGGUAGUUUCAACGGCUGCUUCGUCCUCGAAUUUACCGACGGCUCUACGCGCGUCGUGCGGCUUCCUCUUCAGCCAGCAGUACACGAUGCGUGGGACAAAGUACGAAGCGAAGUUUGUACAAUGCAAUACGUCCGACGGCAUACGAAUAUUCCGGUUCCCCGGGUCUAUUCCUACGGGAGGAGCAAACUCUGUCGACAUACCUCGGAGCUUCAAGUCUUUAUCAUUAUGGAACAAAUCAAAGGCCAGCCAUUAACCAGAGACGCGCUCGAGACCAGCCCAGAACCCCGUCGUCGGCUUUUUCUCGAGCAACUAGUUGACGUCUUUGCCGAACUUCGCAAGCUCUCCUUCACACGAGGGGGCUCGCUCAUGCCACGCAGCAGCAACAACGAGGAUGGCGAACCCGAAAAUCCACCAGACAUUGUCGGCGCCUUCUCCAUCCGCAAGAACGAACUCCAGGCGGCCGGAUACAGCGUCUCGCGCAUCGUGACUGCGAGCGCGAAAGAAUUCCUCGAUGAGCAACUUCGCAUCCUCCAACACAUUUGGACAAUGCCCCACAAGGAUUUGGACCGUGAGCAGGCUGAGCGAGAGGAGUUUGCGCAACGAUUUAUCUGCCAGCCAGAGGUCCAGGCCAGAAUGGGCAUCCACUCGACCGCCCGGUCCUUCUUCCUAGCACACCCCGACCUUCGCCCUGGCAACAUCCUCGUGGACGAUGAGCUUACCAUAUGCGGCAUCAUCGAUUGGGAGUACACGGCAAGCGUCCCGCCGUGUGCCUUCGCCCCUCCGACGUGGAUCACAGGCAACGACUCGGGCCUAGCCGGCCUACCGUCCGAGUUCACGCGUGUUCUUUCUUCCAUGAAGGACAAGUCGAGGUACCACGCGCAGCUCGCAGCCGAGUGGGGCUCCAGAGACGCCCUGGCUUGGUCAUUGUCCCACAUACUGAUAGAUCCGGCGGAGCUGGACUUUGUUUUCUGGGAAACCGUCAUGCCCAACAUAACGGGACUAUGCGACAUUCCUGUCCCUGACGAUGUACAGCUACAGGCAGACGUGGACCGGCGCUUGGAAGUAUCGCGGCGCUUUGCCCAGUAUCUCGACGAGAACAAUCUGCACGUGGAAGGGCGCGAGGAAGAGAUCCAGCGCUUGCUGCAGCAGGCUCGGGCUACGAUUGACCAGUUGACAAAAGGGACAGUCCCCCACCCAUAG